AGCUGUCACAGUGAAAAUAGUUGAAGCACAGAAAUCAUGGUACUGUUACCAAAACCUCCAGCUCCAAAAGAUUCAAAUAUUGAAAUCCCACGGAAUGUAUUUUUUGAGAAUGACGCAAUGGAUCACUUGGCCAAACAUUUUGUUGGCAAUAACUACAGAUAUCGUGAGAAUAUUGUGAUACCAAAUAAUUUAGGGCCGCCAAAAAUCAAGACAAACGAAGAGAAAAUGAUUGAAUCCGUUGUGGAAAGCUGCUUUUUCAAAUCAUUCAUGGCCUGUGUGUUGGGAUACGGUUUGGGAGCUGCAAUUGGUCUUUUCAGUUCAUCUGUGAAUCCGAGUGUCGCAGUUCCAGGUGUGGAAAAACAACAAACCGCCCGAGAAGUAUUUCGAGAGAUGAGAACGACCACACAUGGCUAUGCGAAAAACUUCGCAUUGAUUGGAAUGGUUUUCUCAGCCGUUGAAUGCACAAUUGAAUCGAGUCGAGGUAAAUCGGACUGGAGAAAUGGAACAUAUGCAGGCGCUGUAACAGGCGGGCUCAUCGGUAUGAGAGCAGGAGUUAAGGCUGGUAUUAUUGGAGCAGCUGGUUUUGCAGCAUUUUCAACAGUUAUCGAUUAUUACAUGCGACAUCGAUAAAUUAGAUCUUUUCUGGAAUUGUUUCGUUGACUUCAAUAUUUAAAAUAAGCAAACAAAUUGAUCUAGUGUAAAAAGUUAAUAGAAUUAAAAAUGUUAGAAACAAAAACAAAAAGUAUUUUCCAUACUUCCAAAGAA